UUUGGCGGAAAAACAAACUUCGGAUUCAUUACUGCGCUUUAACAUAAAAAUGUAUAUACAUAAAAAACGACAACAGCCAAACAUUCUUGAUGAAUACGAACUUAUCAAUAUAAGAAACAUUUCCGAAAAACACACUAAAGUUAACCUUUUAGGUGUGAUUAUUCAGAAACAGUCUGUUAAACGAUGUACUACUAAUUUCUCUGGUUCGAACAGUCAAGCUGUAUUAGGAUUCACUCUUAGAGACAGCACAUAUGAUUGGAUCAACGGAAGCUAUUGGGGUACAUUUUCGAGUGUUAAUUCGGUGGCAUCCCAAUUUAACAUUGGCGAUUGCGUAAUUGUGCUUAAUGCCAAACUAAAGUUCAAAGAAAGAAACUCUUAUGAAGAACGUUUCAUGGUUCAAACACCUUCAAAUUAUCAUCUGCUUUUGAGGGACAGGAGUGGAAGCAUUACACAAUAUGCACUUCCCGACAAGUUAUAUACAAGCCGCCUAAAAUCAUCUUUAGUAUGCUCAGCAGCGUAUCACAGACCUCUGCAUCAAGUAAUACAGGAAAUCUACUCCAAAAGAUUGUCAAACAACAAAAGCCACUUCAACUGGAAAAUAUAUAAUCCUUCUUUAGAGUUUACGUUCUUUGCAGUUGUUUCGGAAGUUAAACACCCAAAAACUUUAUUAAUGUCUCAAAAAAGACUAAAGUGUGAAGGAGACGAGGAAUUAACAAUACAAAACGCGAGCACAACUAACAAAUCAAAGCCAGUUCAGUCGAUGGAAGCGGUUCAAACGGUACUUCAGCUGUGUGAAGUCAUGCUUUUUGAUGAUUCAUGUAACUGUCUUCCGCUAAUCUUUUGGAAUGAAGAGUGGAUUCACAUUGCACUAACAGCUUUUAUACCAUAUUCUACCGUUUUAUCGAUUGUAAACUGUCCAGUUCGUUACGAUCGCUACCGCAAAGGUGUGGUUGCCUCACCAAACUCAAAAACCCUAAUCAUUAUCUCACCUGACUGUGCAGAGGCCAAUCGUUUAAGUCAACACUCCAAACAUCGGACUCAAAGCAUAGAUAUUUUGGAAAGCGGCCACACUUCGUUCAUUGUUGAGAAUGUGGAUGACAGACUAUUACAAUCUUUACCAAUGGGAUAUAAAACGGCUCAACCGGAGAUUUACAAAGUUCCUCUGACAAGUAUUCACAAUAUCUUAACUGUUCGGGACCUCAAAGAAGGAAAAGUUGUCGCUGGAUACGCUUGUACAUUCGCCGUGUUUACGAAAAUCGAUUUGGACUGUGAAAAUUCACAGUACCUCGUAACACUGCAAUGCUCUAAUUGUCAUGGUCGUUUGAGGUCAUGUGAUCCGCCAGCAGACUAUGAUAUGACAGCACCUGGAAAAAAACUUGACCCAAAUGUUAAACGUCUGUUUGCAAUGUGCACCACUCCAGGUUGUCCGACAAGUGGACAAAGACUGUCUUGGUUUGAUAAACAACACGUAAAUAUGGAAUACGGUACAUUUGUUCAUCUAUCAGACCAUACAGGAACAUAUUCUAGAUGUCUUUUAGCCAGUAUUGCAAUGGAAAACUUUUGGGAUGCAAUGUCGAAGAAUUUCUACAUUUACCGUUGGAAAAACGAGUUCGUUUGAAGUGGGAGUUCUGUCUAAGAAGAUUUAAGAUUGACCAAACUAAAUUUAUUUAUUCGGUUAAAUAGUUAAUAACAAAUAAAAAUGGCAAUAACUGAACCAAUUCAUGCUAAAACAUUACUUUUAUUCUUCAGGUUUAUUUUUGGACUGAACAGAUUAGUUAUAACAAUCCAUCACCUUUAAUCAUUAUUAUAGGCGUUGAAAAACCUAAUGCUUUUGAAGUAAUGCAUUCAUUGAAAUUAAACAGAUAAUAUUAUUUGUUAAAUUGAUUCAUAUAUCAAAGAUCUUAGACAUUUCGUUGAAUAACUUUUCGCUACUGAAUUUUUAAAAGCUUUGUUUGUUGUUUCUAUGAAAUCGCUUUCUAAAGAAGCAUUGUUUACACUUUCCAAUAAUAAAAUGCAUAGUUGAAAUGAAUUUCUUUAAUGUUUUGGUGUAAAAUAAGUAAAAAAUGACAGUAAUUAUAAUAUCUACGUGGUGCGUUUAAUAAACAAAAUAUUGUUCAG